CUACACUUGUCGGCGUGAGGUCCUGUGGUGGUGAUGUCCGUGUGUGUGCCAUAAAAACCCUUUCUUCCCUCUGCCGGAAUGUCGCGCAGAAAGCAGAAAUUUCCCGUCCACCUGAAGAAUGAGCAGGUAGAGGGAGGAGAGACCAGCCCACAAGACUCCAACGCAUCAGACAAACUGGAGAGAGACCAAGUCGACGGUGGUGAUGCCAAGUCCCAGGAGACGCCAGAAGCCGCAGCGAACCGCGACGAACGAGUGCCAGUUAACGGUCAAGUGGUGCACGCGCCAGUCUCCAGUCACUACGCAAUGAGUGCCACGUCGGCCGCCGAUAUUUGUUUGGGCACAUCCACCACGCCCUCUGUGACGGUCACCUUCUGUGGACCGUCCAAUAGAAACUUAGUUAUGCCAUCGGGAGUGAGUUUAAGUGGGACGUCUCGCACGGCGUUGACCGAGUCCGCCCACAGGAGUUUAACGACGCCGUUAAGUGUGACGCUAAGUAGCUCGUCGCCCAACUCCGUUAAAAGUGCCAAAAACGGACUACUGUGCGGCGUGGGUGCCCAGCAGUACGAGGCACCCAGCCCCAUCCUCAGUAGCAGUGCCAUAACAUUACUGACAACUGUGACCACCAGUGCCAAUUUAAAGAGAGUGUCGACCGUAGACACUAAGAAGGAACGGGGGAAAGUGGAGGAGGAAGGCAGCCGGGGGAAGGGUAACGCCGAGUUCCCUUACACCUGCCCCGUCUGUCACGAACCUUUCAAAUCGAAGCGAUCUUUUAACGCACACAUCAUUGUCCAUUGUCAAUUGGUUAACGGCACCAGUAGCGGGUCAAAACGUACCAUAGAUCUGUCUGCUAGUCCCUCACCUGAUAAAAAGAGAAUAAGAGAAAACGCCAUCAAUGAACAGCUGGAGUCCGUUCAACAUGGAUUUAUAGCCCCGGUAGAGGAUUCAAGCCUACCAUUGGACCUAAGUUGUCGUGGGUCUAUGGCAGCCAGGAAUUGCGAUAGACCGGCGGCGGUGUCGACCCCAGAGACAAAGGAAUGUUUAAAGAGCCAAGAGAGAGGGACGAGAGAGGAAUUCAAUCCGGCGUUGUUACCCGACCAAGAUCCAGCGGGACCUUUCAACCAUUCAGUGUUGUCCGACCGCGGGCCGCUAGAGGACGAGAACGAGAACUUGGUGAACGAAGCGCGAGAACGAGAGAAAGCGUUCUUCAACACGGCCCAGAAUGAACAGUACCUAACGGAGGACUCCACCGGCUUGGAUCCUCCUCCGCCUCUACCGCUCUACGGUGCCGGGGGAGUUGUGAGGCGCAUACGUGUGAGCAGUGACGACGGACCUCCUAUGGUGUACAGCGUUCGCCUCCAUGCAGAGCAGGUGUUGGUGUCGAGGAUUCUGGGAGUAAACGAUGAAACGGGCGACAAGAUGGAACUGUACAAGUGUUUCAUGUGCAGCGUUGCGUUUCCGUCUGUGUCGCGGCUCCAGGGUCAUCUGUCGCAGCACAAGCAGCGAUUCGUGUGCUGUAAAUGUAGCUUUUCCUGUGAUUCUCGGGUCCAGUUUUCUUACCAUGUCCAGCGUGAGCACCUCUCCCCAGUGGCUCAGUCUCGUAGAGAUAAGGUAGACGUGAGGUGCGACAUGAGCGACGACUCCAGCAGCGCAGAGAACACGGUGACGGUGGCCGCUCUCUUGUCGGCGUUAAGGGAGAAGGCGCAGGAGAACAGACCCGUAAAUUUAACGCCGAAGGAAACUUACGAGGAGGAAGAGGAGGACCACGGGAGUGAGGACUCGUAUCCGGUAUCUCCGUGUUCAGAGUCACAGGAGGCCGGAGAACUUCAGGAGGGAGGCAGCGGGGAGGACCUCUUCAAGAUGUACACUUGCAGGUUUUGUGGCAAGAAGUUUGACCGUGCCUUUUCCUGUAAUCGCCACGAACGAGUACACACGGGAUACAAGCCCUGUUUUUGCCGUGUCUGUGGGCGGGGCUUUUCAGAACCGAGGAAUCUCAGACACCACGUCAUUCGUUUUCACAGUGAUGGGUCGCUGCGUCACCUCAUUAAGCGAGACAGGCGUAAGAAAGGGGACGAAGACUCUCCAACUCCCUCGGUAUCUCCCGUGCCUCUGAAGUACCCUGAAAAUCGCCUGAAAGACGUCCUGAAAGAAACGGCAAAUAAACUAAUAUCUAGUUCUAAUAUUGAUAUGACAGGACUCUCAGGGAAGACCAAUGGUUUAGAAAUCACACUCACCGGUAAAACACUAAACGAUAACCCAAGUAACUACGAGGAAGGGGGCGUGAUACGAUCACCGACUCCUCCUCAGUCAGAUUCCACCAAGGAACAAACUGCUGGUGAUGUUACUACGGCAGUCACCACUUACACCACCAACCUCACCAAGAUCAUUGCCGCCUCACUUGACAAUUCAACUCGCGGAAGCAGACGCCAUCCUGUCUUUACCGACAGUUUUCGCAGCGAUGAACUCGAGCCGGGAGAAAUCAGACUGGACCGCCGCACAAAGAUCAUCGACGAUGGAGAAAGUGGACGUCGUUUAGUGAUCACCGAUGACCAGUCUGACGAGAGCCUGGACCAUUCCCCACACUUCUCUAAUUAUGCACCAAGACUCAACAUCAUACAAGAACCAAUAGACCGAGACAAAGCCCUCAUGCCCAUCACUGACGACAUAGGACGGACCUUCUACGAGUGCCCCUACUGCCACAAGCUCUUCGGCAGCACCUCGGACAUGAACCGACACCUCGACUUCCAUGAAGAUCUGAGGCCUUAUAACUGCGAGUACUGUGACUACUCGGCACGAACCAACAGUCAACUCAAGGUGCACAAGAUGCGGCAUGAAGGAAUAAAACUAUACAGCUGCGAUGUGUGUAAUUAUAAUGGUGUUACUCAAAGCGACUUGAAUCGACAUAAAAAAACACAGAGUCACAUCGCUCGUAGCCAGAACGUCUGCUCUAUGUGUGGUCUUGGCUUCUACACGGCUUCCCAGAAACAGGUUCAUGUAGUGCAGUGUCACCCAGAGGUGGAAGGAGCUUCAUCACUAAUACAGAUGAGUUUAGGUCCACCUGUUGCACCUCUGUUGACGAGUUCUGAUUACUCUCCUCUCACCUCUGGCCCUCCUGCUCCGCCACCUGUGACAGCCACGGCUCGGUAAACAUGUAAGAACUGUAUUAAUGACAAGAUGGUGAGGUUGACACAGUUUGUGGUACACACAAGUUUUUAUUUACUGUGAUGCACAACAGUACAGUACACAGCCUUCAAUAUAAUUGUCCAGUUUUGUACAAAAUGUUUCUUUUAUUCAGAAAAUGGCUACAGGAAGAGAUUCUUUAUGAGGAAAUUUAUUUGUAAUGUUCUUUGUGGAUUAUAAUGUGAUGAAUGAAUAAGUCUUGUGAAGGAAGAUGUUUUACAAGUUCAGGUUAAAUAAUCAACCUUUGCCUUUCGCUUUGGUCUUAACAUAAAAACACAUUAAAGAUACAAAGACUUGUUGUUACAGUGUAGAGGUUCUGGGCAGUAGGUGUGACUCAGAGGUAUGCAAUGAUUGUUUGUCAUGAGGCACAUUAUCAGCUAUAUAAGGUAAUACAAAUUCUGAAUGAAGUGUUAGCAUACUGUAUGUAAGGACUAUCAUGCAAUAUUAAACAUGUGGCUAAUCAGCAUUUCACAGUACUGAGAAAUGAAAAAAAAAAUUGUAGCAUAUUAAAAGUGAUAAUAGUUUACCAUAACAGGACACAGAUGAUGCUUCAAGUUUUAUAGAAGCAGAUGAAUAGUUUUUCUGGUCCUUAUCCAAUUUAUUUCUUUAUGAACCAUAUAUAUGUUCUUUAGAGCUUAAACCUCAUACAGAGCUUUUCAGUAAUAACUACAGUAAUUGGCACCAAGGAAGACAGUAUCAUUAUGGUAUAUUUUCCAUCUGAUCUCUAACAUGUCACUACAUUUUACUUCAGAAUGUUUUAAAGGACUUAAGUUUGGUUUUCUUUCAUGUUAAUAUUUAAAUCUUCAAAAGUAACUUUUUUAAUCUUAUGGGCUAUUUCUUCCACCCUACACCUAUAUUUGUUAACAUCGGUCGGUGCUGGUUCAUGGUAGGGCUGAUGCAUUUGUUUUUCAUGGUUUCCUUCCCUGAGCAGCCAAUAGAAAGGACACUUGAUCUAAAGAAACACAGCCUAACCUAUCCAGUAGUAUUAAUGUCCUAAUUACUGGGUCAAAUGAGGUCUAGAUCAGUUAAGACUUGGUAUCUAUAUAUUUACUCGGUCAGGUUUCAAUUUUAUUAAAUAGAUGACACAGCAUAAACAUUUAAUACCAGUGUCCCUGAAUCAGAGAAGAGUUUUAUUACAUGUGGUUGCCCUUGAGAAUAUCCAUCCCUAAAUAGUGUUACGAACUAGAUGGCUUUUAAAUUGUCGGUGUAUGUGUGGUGGCGUGGCCCAGAAUCUCUCGGUACUGUACUACAAAAGCAACAAGUUCUCCGGUAAUACGAAUAGAUGUGAGACUAACUAACUAUACUAUGUUCAUAAUAAAGAACCAGGUUGGUAGAGCCUCUUAACAGGGUCUGAUAAAUGUUCAGUGUCCUGGUGACUGAUUAUGUCUUUCAGAAAAUGUGUUGAAAGUCAUGUUAAAAUGUUUUUGUUUUUUUUAAUUCUUUCCCUUAUUUCUCCCUUUUUGUCUUUUUUUUCCUCUUCUCUUUCUUCCUCUUCUCUCUCCUCCUCCUCCUCCUUAAGUCUUAUCCCCUACUCUGGUAUCUAAAUCUGAUCACCCUCCUGGCAUCUCACACCAAGAGGCUGGACACUGUCACGCCCUGACCAUUGAAACACAUUUCCUAUAACUGGUUCUCUAAACAUUUAAAAAUUUACUUGUCUUCUCCAUCAAUCGACUGUUUGGUGCCGAGGAGAAACUUCUUAUGUAUGUUCGCCCACUUUUUUUAUUUUAUUUUUUUAAGAAUUGUGGUACCUUAAAUGAAACUCCUGACUUUACCUCACAUAAGGAUGUCGGUGGUCUUGUCUGUUGUCAAAUAAAACACUCACUACGAUAUACCUCCCAUAAAUGCAAGGUGUCUUAAAAAAAAAAAAUGUAAGCACAGUGUGAAUUAAAGGUAUUAUUAGUAUUUAUUUCUUGGAAAAUAUCAUUGAUACUUUACUGAAAAAUUAAAUUUAAUGGAGGAAAAUAAUCAAGUGUAUUCAUUAUGUAUUUUUUUAUAUUUAUUAUUAUACACAUUAUAUAUUUUUUUUAAUAAUUCACAGUGUAUUAUACAUUUUUGUGAGACGCCUUAUAUUUGUACAUGAAACACGGAUGGUUGAAUGAGCAGUUGGGUUGUAUGCAUCAAUAUUUUGUACACAUGCAAUAUACACUAACCAUCAUUUGAAGUUGUGCCCAUGUUAGGAGUCUGGAUUCCUGGCAUUAAUGAUCCGAACUGAUUUUAACGUGCGGAGAUACAGUACAUUUUGAUCAGCGCAUUAAUGCCAAGGUACCGAGAUCCAGACGGCUGACAAAGGCAUAACGGAAGUGCUGGUGAACGACAAGUACAAGUGUUUUUAUAUGUUAAUCGUGCUUUCGUGGUAGCUAUGCUUACUAGCUCUCAGGUAAUAGUCUCUUUCCUGAAUAAAAUAUCGUAUGAUCGUAUUUCAAAAGCGUUCGUCUCGGGACAGUGUUUACAAUCAUCGGACGCCUCACUCGGCCCACCUAAUGCUGGUGGAUGUUGUUGUUGUUCUCUGAGGAAACUCGAAUAACAAUACGUGAGAAAUAGCGGUGCUUUUUUCAUACACAUUCCAAAAUUUCUGAACUCUCAAGAAAAUUCAGGAAUACAGUAACAUUAUACAGUAGUUAGAGUGCCCUUAUGCUGUAGAGGUUAUACACACGUGGCUAGUUCUAAUGCAACGCCGUGCAGGUGUGUGUGUGUGUGUGUGAAGAAUGAUUACAGAACCAGAUUGUUACGGUUUUUUUAUUUGUAUUAUUGUUAUUUUAAAUGUUCCAUAAUCUAGGUGUUUUUAUUUGUAUAUUGGGCAGUUAGAGAGACAUUAGUUAUUAAUGGAAUAGAUUGUUACUCAUUCCAAUUAUCAUAUUUUUACUUCAAUGGUUUAUUUGUUUUUUCAUUUAGGAAUUAGAAGUACUGUAUAUUACUUUUUUCAUGUUGGUAUUGUACUUUGAGCAUUAAGUUAUAAGUAAAGUUAUGUCAAGAUUUUAAUUAGGAAUUUGUCUGAUAUUUUUUUGUUUUCUUUAUUUACUGGUUAGUUCUUUUCAGAUUAUUGGUUUUGUUAUACAGUAUUGUGUGUGUGUGUGUGUGUGUGAAGAUGGUGUAUGAAGCACUUCAGGUGAGGACAAGACAAGUGAUAAGAGUAAAAAAUAAAAAACACCAGAUGAUGUAAUGAAACUAUCGAGAGAUGUUUAAAGGUUAUAAUGGUGCAGUGAGAUGAAGCCGCUCUCUUGUUCUUAUUGUUCUCUCCCGGGACGACUCACGAGUUAGAACAAUGUUUGUAUUCAUGGUACAAGUGUGCUGGUGUGUCGCAUAAAGAUGUUUUAAUAGAUCAUCGUGCUCUUGGGAUAAAGUCACCUUAAUUUUGUGAUGUGUGUGGAUAUCACAUUUUUACCGUCAUAUUGAGACUAAAAAAAACACUAAUACCAGGAUAUAUAGAGACAAAAAUAAAAUACUUUUACAGAAUGGCAAUGCAUUUCAAAUGGCCACAGUUGUACAGGUAUACAGUAUAAUCAGCUUUACUUCAUCUCAUCGGUGGAAUCAAUCCAUUUUGAUCUUAAGUCCAUUGUUUAUAACACCAAAUUGAGUUCUGGGAUUUUGGUUCAUGUACUUGUCUGAAAGAUCUUAGUGAGUUCUAGAUGUGGUCUUUUGUUGCCUUAUGGCCAAAUCUGAAAGGUUGAUUUGUAGAUGAGUAACACUUAGGUCUCGGUGUAGGUCCACGUCCAUGUAAAAGUGGAGGCUGAAUAUUCCACCACUGUAACGUAUCACUUCGACCAAUGGCUCACCUCAGAGUAUCUGAUCAAAAUUAUCAUCGUUUGUGCUGAUCAUUAUCAUCGUUCGUGCUGAUCAUGUUACAAUUGUACGGAAGCCUUCACAACCUUUCCGGACAAGGCUACCAGCACGUCCUACCGAACACAUUACGUGCUGUACGUCAGUCGUUCAUACAUGGAGGUGGAUAUUUGCAUAGUGCAUUAACAACUACAAAGUUUAUGUAUAAAUGUGUUAAUUAUAAACAGAUUUUAGUAAAGCAACUGUUAUGAUUUAUUUAUAGUAGAAUAUUAAGAUAAUGUGCCAAAUUAUCAGAUCUAUAUGUGCCAUUGUGGUGCCAGUUCCCUAAGUGAAGAAGCUGUCACAACCAUUAGUUUGCUGUUACACUACAUAGGAAAUAUUGGUUAUUUGUGUGUUAAAAGUGACGCUGGGCAUUUUAGUGGAUGAGCUCGUUGUGUUGUUAAGAAUGCAGCAGAACUUCUCCGUUCACCUCUAUUUCUCAGUCUGGGAUACUGUAUGUAUAUUAUUUCCCACUAUCGAGCAGGGUGGUCUUUGUAUAAUUACUGCCGAUCAGACUUCCAUUACUACCGAUCCCCUCGACUUGUCUUAGGCAUUGGAACCAGGGGAGCCGUGGCCCCCGACACUUAUAGACUGCAAUUUUCUGCAGUCAUUGACCCCUCAAUAAGAUAUAGCACUGUGACAAAUCUCCCCACAGUGACAGAUUUGUUUCCAUGCCUGCGGACAUGUCAUCACUUAGUCUUUGUACUGAUCUGUGGUUCUGGUCCUCUUCAGUCAUGACAAAAACCAUGUGUUGAUGGGGAUGGUAUAAUACAUUUACCAUUGACAUGAUAUCCAGAAAAUUAAACCACUUAGGAAUGUGUAGUAUGGUACUGUAGUGCUUAAUAAGUUGAUGUAAUAAUAUUUUGUUCUAUUAACCUUUUCAUUUAUUGUAAAUUUUGACACAUUAUGAUCUAAUUAUAGUGAAGAUUGUUGUAUAAUCCAUGAAGUUUGGGUAGGUAUUACGAUUAUUGUUGUUUAAAUCCUGUUCCGUCUUUCACGAUGUGUGACAACAAUCAAGGUUUUUAUUACAAGUUUCCCAGAAUCUUGUGUUUGGGUAGAAGAAUCAACUUACUGAUUUGUAUGUACAGUAGUUUUAAUUCAGAUCAUUUUUUCAUCCCGCCACUGAGAGAUGUUAAUGGAUUUAAGAAUUGGCUCGAAGUAGUUCGUCGACUGCUUCACUGUUUUCUGAGCCUGUUUUGUAAAUAGUACAAUUAUUAUACUUGACUGCUUUGAAUUUCUAUUUUUGUUAGUUUUUCUGGUGCUAUGAAUAUUGUUGUCUUUUAUUUACAAGUAUAUGGGCAUGAUGAUCCGUAUAACUAGGAUUAUUAAUAGAAUUUAAGAGACACAUGUCGGUAAUUGUGAUGGAUCAGUUUUCUACUAGAUAGGUGCUUUAAAAAUCUUACGUAGGCUUCCGAUAAAUGUUGGUAGAUUUGAGAGAAACUAUUGUUUGAUCACAUUCCAUUGCCAGAUUACCUGUAAUAAUUUGUUGGAAAUUUUAAGUUAUGUGAUUUUUACAACUGUAUUAAGCAACUGUUUUAGUUGUAGAAAAACAGGGGCUGUCUUUAUACUGUCCACGUCCUUUACAACUUUUGCUGGAGGUUCACUUUAUUAUGAGAUGGAACUUCAUUGAUGGAAGGCAAAGUCAAGAAGGCAGGAAGAAGUUUGUGGCUAUGAAACCAUUUAUGAAGCAGAUCAAACAUUUUUGUGUGAUUUUUUUCAUAAAUUUAUUUUCAGUUUCACAUUUUUUUCCUCCUGCCACAUCUGGCCGCACAUUCUGUCCAUUAAAACAAAAAUAGUGAAGAUUCAAUCAAAAACUAUCUAGAAAUAAAAUAUAUGACAAGUGAACAUAUUCCCAACUUUUUGAUACAACAGUUUCUUAAGGAAAUUGUAUAAAGCUUCAGUUGAGGACCCAACAUGAUAAAGAUGCCCCAAUGUGUGUAGAUUGUGCAGUUUAAAGCAAGUAUACCAGUAAACUGCUGCUGGUGCAGUAACAGGAAUCACUUACCUCAGUGCUGAAUUGAAUUGCAUGGAGAAUCUCCUCAACCAGGUAUUUAUUAAUAUAAUUAUUUUCACCAUUAUGACUUUCAAUUAUUAUUAUUUAUCAUCAUUAUUAUAAACAAGUGAACUCUAUGAUGCAAUUUAGGGCUUUCACUCUUAAGAGGAAUGUCUUGAUUAUCCAAGAUCUCAGGUACUGAACUUUGUGUAAGUAAUAUGAACUGCAUGUGAUGUUUUAACACAUGAGAGGAACAUAAGAACAUGUACUUGUAAAACUCUUAUCUAGGAUAAUGAAGAUUUAUAUUCAAUUAUGUUGGCCCUAAGUGAUGAGUACAGUAUAGUGUAUCAUUAAACUGUCAUACGUUUGUUUAACGUUACUGUCACUGUCAUGAAACUGAAGUGGCAUUCCCUUGUUUUAUCUCAUAUGUGCCCAAAAGCUUGUGUGCUAAGGAGUUGUACCUCUUAAUUCAGGGAAGAUAUUUUCCAUGAUAGAAACCUCAUUCAUCAAGUUGAACAUUUCCCCCAUUUUUACAUGUUGACCCGUACUUGUAUAUCUCCAAUAAUGACUCAGUACUUCUCAAUUUCACAUUGGUGUAAAGCUGUGCAAAGCGCUCGUAUGGGAUGAAUUUAGAUAACAAAUUUCAUAAAAUAGGUUUAUAAAAUACCUUAAGUAUGAUCUACACAGUAUAUGCAAUGACGUAAUUAUUAAAUUUAUCGUACGUUUAUUUCCACUGUCAAUACAAGUUAUAAAAAGAAACAUAUUUCUUAUACAUUGCAUUUUAGACUUCUAAUAUACAUAUAUAUAUUUUUUGCUACAAUGUAAGAAGAAUAUGCUACUGUAAACUCAUAAACACUAAAAAAGAUACCCACUCAGUCCAGAUACUGUAGUAUGAACAAUAGACAUCGGUAGCUUACCUAACAGUGGUGCUAACUUUAAGAUAAAGUAAUCAAGUUUUAUAUGAGUUUGACCAUUGACUGACAGCUAAGUGACAAUAUCUUGGGAAUCUUCAAUACUGUGCAGUGAAACCUCCACAAAACGGACUACCCUCUUACCUAUAGCCCGUUAGAAGGAAGUUUCAUAUUAAAUGGACUUUGAUCGAACAGACUAACCCUUGACAUGAGUUCUUUUAAACAUUUAAAUAGAGGUCUCGCUGUAUAGUAUUGUUUCAUGUACGGUCCUUGAAGGUGUUCUAACUCCGAGUACGAUGCCAAACCCUCGAGUACGAUCAUAUAAUGCCGUUAGCCCCCAGGAGUACAGUACAAUGAAUCAAUCCAGUAAGUAAGCAUGAUUAACUUCUCUGAGUAUGAUGACUUUAUCAUUGACUCCUGAAUAAUAAUAAGACUUAUUCCUAUAAAUCCAAUAACCUGUACCGAGGGUUUGGUUAUCAUACUCGGAGGGUCACUGCAGGACUAAUACACUUGUAGGAGAAGAAUAUCUGUAACUUAUAUGUACUGGAGAGUCUGUGAAAGUAUUAAUAAAACCUCUGUACUGUACUCUGAGGAUACAGUAUAAGCUAAAUUAUCUUC